AUAGUGGCUGUUGUGAUUUGUAGUAGCUAGGAUUGUAAAAAAGAUUGAGAGGAGAUGGCCGAUCAUUCCUUGCAUGAUCCACUUCUUGAUGAUGUGGCCGAUAUUCAAGAGAUCACAAGCUGCCGCGUGUUAGUUAAGGAGGUGAUCUCAGAGAACAAGAAGCUAUGGUACCUGGCGGGGCCCGCAAUCUUCACAGCAAUUGCCCAGUAUUCACUGGGAGCAUUCACGCAGGUAUUUGCUGGGCAUCUCACAACACUCGAGCUGGAUGCGGUGUCAACGGAGAACAUGGUCAUCGCCGGCCUCGCUUUUGGCAUCAUGUUAGGGAUGGGAAGUGCACUGGAGACGUUGUGUGGGCAAGCGUUUGGUGCAAAGCAGCUACACAUGCUAGGGGUGUACAUGCAACGUUCAUGGGUCAUCUUAAACAUAACGUGUGUAGUACUAUUGCCAAUAUACAUAUGGGCCACACCAAUCUUGAGAUUUUUCGGUCAGGAUGAAGAGAUAGCGAAGCUGGCAGGGAAAUUCUCCUUGUACAUGAUACCACAGUUGUUUGCAUACGGGUUUAAUUUUCCAAUACAGAAGUUUUUACAAGCACAGAGCAAGGUGUUGACAAUGGCAUGGGUAUCUGCAGUGGCAUUGAUCUUCCAUCUAGUACUCAGCUGGUUGUUGAUAGUUCAAUUCAAGUGGGGAUUGGUUGGAGCUGCAGUCUCUUUGAAUCUAUCAUGGUGGCUUGUUGUUUUAGGCCAGUUUUUAUAUAUAGCCGUGGGCUAUUGCCCUGGUGCCUGGACUGGCUUUAGCUGGGGUGCAUUCAAGGACUUGGGUGCUUUUGCUCGCCUCUCUAUUGCCUCUGCUAUCAUGAUGUGCCUGGAAUUUUGGUAUUACAUGCUCCUGGUUGUAUUGGCGGGUCGCCUCCAGAAUCCUGAGAUAGCAGUAGCUGCCAUAUCUAUCUGUACCAACCUAAACGGAUGGGAGAUCAUGAUCUUUUUAGGAUUCAAUGCAGCAAUCAGUGUGAGGAUAUCUAAUGAACUUGGAGCAGGGAGGCCAAGAGCAGCCAAGUUCUCUAUACUAGUUGUAGUGCUGUCUUCAGCGCUGAUAGGUGUGUUUUUCCUCGCCCUUGUGUUGGGACUGAGGAAUGUAUACGCACUCCCGUUCACCAACAGCCCGGUUGUGGCACAUGCCGUUUCCAAGCUUGCAGUCAUCUUUGCUUUCACACUCCUCCUCAACAGCGUUCAACCCGUUCUAACAGGUGUUGCUGUAGGGGCAGGAUGGCAAUGGUUGGUGGCUUAUGUUAAUAUCGGAUGCUAUUAUGUUGUGGGCCUUCCUCUCGGAUUCUUGCUAGGUUCUAAGUUGAACAUGGGAGUACAGGGAAUAUGGACAGGGAUGGUCAGCGGAGUGGCCCUCCAGACAGCGAUCCUCACAGGCAUAACGUACUUCACCAACUGGAAUAAGGAGGCCAUGGCAGCUGAAUCAAGGAUACAAAAAUGGGGUGGCUCUGUGGACCCACCAGUGAAUGGCCACAAGGCUUCCAAUCACAAAGAGGUCCCAGUUUAAGCUUGUUUGAUUGGCGAAAAUCUCCUCCUAAAUUAAGAAAAUUGUGCGUGAGCGAGCAGCUGAUUCAUGUAAAAUGCGGUCGCUAUGAUGAGAGGGUUUUUUUUUUUUUUUUAAUCAAAUUCAACAUCUUGAGAUUGCUCGACA